UUUAUAAGAACAAACAUUAAGCAUGCCUCGACGAGGAUCUAUAUUAGAUUCUAGGAGUGACAGGUCCACAUCAAGGAGUGACAGGUCCACUUCAUCCAAAUCAUUUCAAACUACAUCAAGGCAUAAUAACAAAGGAUCCACAUUUCAUCAACCUGUGUAUCAGAAUGCAAAUGAGUAUUAUAUACCUACUUUGGGGAGUACACAUCCUCCUCAACGUGAUUAUGGGAGGGUUGAUGCAUAUCAAUAUUGUGAGGGCUUUCGUUUCCAAGAUUUGCUUCAAACUCAAGGAGGUUUCCCUCGAGAUAACCAAUUUGUUUAUGGAGGACAUAAUUUGUAUAGGAGUUAUGAGAGAGUUAAUGGUGAUGAUGAUGAUGUGAACGUUAGAGAUGAAGACGAGGGAGACGAUAGUAAUGAGAGAGGUGUAUGUGAUGAGGAUCAAGAUGGUGUUCCAUCAUAUCAUGGUUCAACAUGUUCUCCACACAAUUAUGAUCAAAGUGUUAAAAGGAAGGGUUUUGACACGCCAAUAGAUCCAAUAACAAGAAAAAAAGAGCUUUGUUUGUAUGGAACAACAGAGUUCAAUAACGCAUCGUGUGGGCGUGCAAUCGGAGAUAUUUUGAGGUCCAAUUUUAAGGGAGCAUGGCACUCUUGGGAAAAAGUAGAUUCAAUGUGCAGGGAUGAACUGUUUAAAGAGUUUAAGCAAGAGGAAGCUGGUGGAAAAGAACCUCCAUGGGAUGAUGUCUUUUCAGCUUUGCAUCAAAGUACUAAGCAGUCUGGUGGCUUCGUCGACAACAAGUCGAAAAAAGUGGUUGAAAAUUAUAAAAUGGAGAUGAUUUCAAAGUAUGGAAGUAAUCGGGAAAAUCAUCCUUCAUUUGAUGGAGCAGCUUGGUGUGUGGCUUCAGGAGGAGUUACAAAGGGUAGGGUAUAUGGUGCACCUCGUAUGCCAAAAUCUAUAGUUAGUCCAAGCUCUUCAUCACAUUCCUACUCAGUGGAGUCAUCAUAUCCCAGUUCAUCGUAUCGAGCAUUGCAAAAGGAGAUAAAGGAUAAAGAAGAGGAGAUAAAGAAAAAAGAUGAAUUUAUUCUUGAAAUGAAACGACAGAUGGAUUCCAUGAAAGAAUAUCUUGUGAACAAUCUUGGAUACAAUGAUGGGACAUCAAAUAUUGAUCAAGGUAUGCCACCAUCUUUGACUCCAGCAAUAUCGCCACCUAUGGCUCCUCAGAUAAUGACAUCUAUGGGACCCACAUCUCAACCAAUUUUUCGACCUACACCUCGACCUUUAUAUCCUGAUCAAUCUUGUAUCGAUCCACAAUAUCAUGGUUCGUCUUCGCAACCGGCACCAUGAUUGUAUCUUUUGUUGUUUUUUUUAUUGUAUUUGAACU